CUGGUUGUUGAUGAUGAAAGUGGAUUUAAGACCUUUCGGCCGCGUGUUGACUUGGUUAGUUUUCUACUCGGAGUUUGUGACUUUCCUCUCAGAAUAAUGGGAAAAACCAAGAGACAACGGAAAAACAAAAAGUUUAGGUAUAAUGUUAAUCGAAAAAGGUUGGGAAAAACCAGAACAAAUACAGGAACUGCAGCCGUUGGUGUUCCAAUUGUGAAGAAAGCUUGGGAUGAACACAAAUCAAUUAAGGAAAAUCUCACCAGCAUGGGAUUAUCAUAUGAUCCUAAUUCUACUCUCAAAAUACCAACCCCCAAGGAGCUUUUGGAGCCGUUUUUAACCGAAGGGAAGAAGGAAAACACACCUGAAAUGGCUUUGUCUGUACCGAUAAAGGCCCAUGUAGCUGAAGAAUUAGAAGUGGAAGCAAAAGCACCGAGGGUUAAAAAAUUUGAGUUACCUAAGGGUCAAGUAAUGUAUCUCUCAUACCUAAUUGACAAAUAUGGAGAUGAUUUCAAGGCCAUGUCCAAGGACAGCAAAAACAUCUAUCAAGAGACUUGGAAACAAAUCCGAAACAAAAUUAGAACAUUUCAAAACAUUCCUUCCCAGUGGGAAGCGUACAUGGCUGGUCGUUCCGAUGCUCAGAAGACAUGAUGUGCUUUCCAGUCUUUCUCAAUUUGACAAUUUUUCAAAAAUUAACUCUUGUGUACUGACAAAACUAUCCAUCCAGAGAAUGUGCUCUUUCCAUAGUAGUGAUGAUCUUCAGAUCUUCAGAUCAUCAAUAUUUCACUUGUCUUCUAAACUCUCAUCUGAAAAGAGUACUCUUUUAUGAUUGUCCUAGUGGUUGACUUGCGCAGUCCAGUGUGUGUGUGAGAGAGAGAGGGGGGGCUUUAAGAUAAAUACACGAAUGUUAUGUUUUAAUAUUUUUUUAUUUUUCUUACUGCGAAGUUUAAUUGUAUGGUUAUGUAAAGAAUGAAGAGUCAAAGAAUCCACAUCAAUUAAGAAUUACAUAGUAAUGAGAUCAAAGCAAUUGAUUUUUAUUUAUUUUUUGAAAUGUUUGAUAUAGCAAAUAGAGUUGCAAAAAUAUUAAAUUAUGACGAUAAACUGCUUGAGAUCAUUGCUUAAAUCAGCUGUGGCUCAUAUUUCAACAUGUUAAUCUGUAAGUUAUAAGCCAUGAUGUGAAAUUUGCAACCUUUCAAAUUUAAGGCAAGCAACAAGCAAGUUUUCCUGUGUGUGAAGACUGCUCCUAAAUGUCUUCAGGAUUAUUGUAAUUAAUGAUUAGGAAGAAAGUUUCCUAAAUAUGAAGAAUGUAAAUAAAUAGGUAAGAAUCUAAUAAUUAUAAUUAAAAAAAGAAUUCUAUUUUCUA